AGUCUUCGAUUAGACACUGUUCAGUUAAGAUCUCGUUCGGAAUACUCAAGCGGUUGGUUGCCGCUUUCCCCGCUUUUGAAAAGAUUUAAAAUAAUUUGUGAUAAUAAAAAUAGACAACAUUAAAAAGCAACAACAACAUUCCUACGGAGGUGGUGCCUUUGCCGAGCCAAUUCAUAAGAAACAUAAAAGAGUUGGUUAAAAAAUAAAAACAAUACAAAAAAAUCAGGUUUUUAGAACUUGAAUUGGUGGUCGAAAACAGAAUAAAAAAAACACACAAAAUUGUUAAUUAAAUUCAAAAAAAAAAACAUGUCACUUGCAAAUGGUAAUGGUGUAGUACACAUGCAGAAUGGAAAUUUGAAUUCCACUCUGGUGUUCUUUGUCAACGGCAAAAAGGUGGUCGAUCCAAACCCCGAUCCAGAAUGCACUCUGCUAACGUACUUGCGCGAGAAACUUCGGUUAUGUGGCACCAAAUUGGGUUGUGGCGAAGGUGGAUGCGGUGCUUGCACCGUAAUGAUAUCUCGCAUGGAUCGCCAAACGAAUACCGUUAAACAUUUGGCGGUAAAUGCAUGCCUAACACCCGUUUGCGCCAUGCACGGACAUGCUGUAACUACUGUGGAAGGUAUUGGCAGCACUCGCACUAAACUCCAUCCUGCUCAGGAGCGUAUAGCCAAAGCCCAUGGAAGUCAAUGUGGCUUCUGUACACCUGGCAUUGUAAUGUCCAUGUAUACUUUGCUCAGAAAUUCCUCUCAACCCUCAAUGAAAGAUUUAGAGGUAGCCUUCCAGGGUAACUUGUGCCGUUGUACAGGAUAUCGUCCAAUUUUGGAAGGUUACAAGACCUUUACGCAAGAGUUUGCUUGUGCCAUGGGAGAUAAAUGUUGCAAAGUGAAUGGCACUAAAUGUGGUGCAGACCAAAAUGGCACUGCGUCCGAUGAUAAAUUAUUUGAAAAAAGUGAAUUUGUUCCCCUUUAUCCUAGCCAAGAGCCAAUAUUCCCCCCAGAACUGCAACUGAAUAAACAAUGGGAUACUGAGUCGUUGACCUUCAAAAGUGAACGGGUAACUUGGUAUAGACCAUCCACAUUGGAGGAAUUGCUGAGACUGAAGGCGCAAUUUCCUCAAGCCAAACUUGUGGUUGGCAACACCGAAGUGGGUGUAGAGGUGAAAUUCAAACAUUUCCUAUAUCCCGUCUUAAUCAAUCCCACUAAAGUGGCCCAAAUGACCGAAGUGGUGGAGUCGCCUGAAAGUGUUUAUUUCGGAGCCUCCGUCAGUUUAGUGGACAUUGAGAAGUAUUUACGUGAACGCAUGGCCAAAUUGCCCGAACAUGAAGUUCGCUUCUUCCAAUGUGCUGUGGACAUGUUGCACUACUUUGCCGGCAAGCAAAUCCGCAGUGUAGCCUCCCUGGGUGGCAACAUUAUGACUGGCAGUCCCAUCUCCGACAUGAAUCCCGUGCUGAUGGCUGGUUUGGUUAAAUUGAAGGUGGCCAAGUUUGUUGGGGACAAAAUUCAAUACCGUGAUGUCAUUAUGGACUCCAAAUUCUUUACCGGAUAUCGUAGAAAUGUCUUGGAACCCCAGGAAGUCUUGAUGGGAAUUCACUUCCCUAAGACUCUACCCAAUCAGUAUGUGGUAGCUUUCAAGCAAGCUCGUCGCCGCGAUGAUGACAUUGCCAUUGUCAAUGCAGCUGUGGAUGUCACCUUUGAGGGGAAAACGGAUCGAGUGCAAAAAGUUUGUAUGGCCUUUGGUGGCAUGGCUCCCACCACCGUUAUAGCGGUGCGUUCUUGUGAAAUGAUGGUACAACAGAAAUGGAAUCGUGUCCUAAUGGAGCGGGUGAUGGAGAAUCUAUGUGCCGAAUUGCCUUUGGCUCCUUCGGCCCCAGGAGGUAUGAUUGCCUAUCGUCGAUCCCUGGUAGUAAGUCUUUUCUUCAAGGCCUAUUUGAAAAUAACACAACAACUCAUGAGGGAUGGGGUAUUGCCCAAGGAUUUCUUGGCCAAGGAUGAGCUGAGUGGUGGCGAAGUUUUCCAUACUCCGGUGUUGAAGAGCUCACAGCUAUUUGAGAAGGUGGUGUCUACACAAGCCAACUGCGAUCCUGUGGGUAGACCUCAAGUCCACGCCUCGGCUUACAAACAAGUUACCGGAGAGGCCAUUUACUGCGAUGAUAUACCCCGCACCGAGGGUGAAUUAUAUUUGGCUCUAGUUUUAAGCACCAAAGCCCAUGCCAAAAUUCUUAACAUCGACCCCUCGGAGGCUUUGGCUAUGCCCGGAGUUCAUGCCUUUUACUCGAGCAAAGACAUAACAGCCCAUCAGAAUGAAGUGGGUCCUGUCUUCCACGAUGAAGUGGUCUUUGCCACCGAUGUUGUGCACUGUCAAGGACAAGUGGUGGGCGCAAUUGUAGCCGAUAACCAAGCCUUGGCCCAGAGGGCAUCUCGCAAAGUUAAAGUGGAGUAUGAGGACAUAACACCAGCCAUUAUCACCAUAGAACAGGCCAUAGAACACAAAUCCUACUUCCCUGGCUAUCCUUGGACUGCCCAAACAGGCGACGUGGAGAAGGCAUUUAAAGAAGCUGAUCAUAUUCAUGAGGGAACCUGCCGCAUGGGCGGCCAGGAACAUUUCUAUUUAGAGACCCAUGCCUCAUUUGCCAUGCCCAAAGAUUCCGAUGAAAUCGAAUUGUUCUCUUCCACUCAGCAUCCUGCCGAGGUGCAGAAACUGGUGUCCCAUGUGCUCUCUCUGCCAGCCCAUAAGGUCGUGUGCCGCGCCAAGCGUUUGGGAGGAGGCUUUGGCGGCAAGGAAUCUCGCUCCAUCUCGGUGGCAUUGCCCGUAGCCUUGGCCUGCUAUCGUUUGAGAAGACCCAUCCGAUGCAUGUUAGAUCGCGAUGAAGACAUGAUGAUCACCGGCACCCGACAUCCCUUCCUAUUCAAAUACAAAAUCGGCUUCACCUCCGAGGGCCGUUUGACCGCUUUAUAUGUGGAAUGCUACAACAAUGCUGGUUGGUCUAUGGAUCUAUCUUUCUCGGUUAUGGAGAGAGCCAUCUAUCACAUUGAGAACUGUUACAAAAUUCCCAACAUUAAAGCCAUUGGCUGGGUGUGCAAAACCAACCUGCCCUCCAACACUGCUUUCCGUGGCUUUGGAGGACCCCAAGGCAUGUUUGCCGCUGAGCAUAUCAUACGUGACGUGGCUCGUAUACUGAAUAAGGAUCUGCUGGAUGUAAUGAGACUCAACUUCUACAAACCUGGCGACAAGACUCACUACAACCAGACACUGGACAAUUUCCCAAUUGAAAGAUGCUUCGAGGAUUGCCUUAAACAGUCGAACUAUCACAAGAAGAAGCAAGAAGUGCAAGAAUUCAAUCGCAAUAAUCGCUACCGCAAGCGUGGCAUUACCGUCAUCCCCACCAAAUAUGGUGUGGCUUUUGGUGUUAAGCACUUGAAUCAGUCUGGAGCCUUAAUACACAUUUACACCGACGGCUCUGUGCUCUUGGCCCACGGUGGUGUAGAAAUUGGCCAAGGUUUACAUACCAAAAUGAUCCAAUGUUGCGCCAGAGCUUUAGGAGUUCCCUUCGAUUUGGUCCACAUAUCCGAGACGGCAACAGACAAGGUGCCCAAUACCUCACCAACGGCAGCCAGUAUGACAUCCGAUCUCAAUGGAAUGGCCAUUUUGAAUGCCUGUGAGAAAUUGAAUAAACGUCUGGAGCCCAUAAAGAAAGCCAAUCCCAAGGGAACUUGGCAAGAAUGGAUACAGCAGGCCUACUUGAACAGCAUUAGUCUGUCGGCUACAGGUUACUACAACUUGGACACUGUGGACUAUCAUCCUGUGAAUAAUCCCAAUUCUCAACUGUACAGUUAUUUCACCAACGGUGUGGGCGUGACUGUUGUAGAGAUUGACUGCUUGACUGGCGACCAUCAAGUCAUAAGCACCGACAUUGUCAUGGACAUUGGCUCGUCAUUGAAUCCAGCCAUAGAUAUUGGCCAAAUUGAGGGUGCCUACAUGCAGGGCUAUGGUCUAUUUACCCUGGAAGAAAUGGUUUACUCGCCUCAAGGCAUGGUCUAUUCUCGAGGACCUGGUAUGUACAAAAUACCUGGAUUCGCUGAUAUCCCCGGAGAAUUCAAUGUAACCCUAUUGACGGGAGCUCCCAAUCCCAGAGCUGUAUAUUCAUCGAAGGCCGUUGGCGAGCCACCCCUAUUUAUUGGCAGUGCCGCUUACUUUGCCAUCAUGGAUGCCAUUGCCGAUGCUCGCAAAGCGAAUGGUUGCAGUAAAGACUUUCAUUUGGAAUCGCCUGCCACUGGAGCCCGCAUUCGCAUGGCUUGCCAAGAUAAUUUGACUAAAUUGAUUGAUAUACCUGCUCCCGGUUCAUAUACUCCUUGGAAUGUUGUGCCAUAAACUAUAACGUGACAACACACACUUUGUUCCUUAAAUUCCUGGGCUUGGCCAGCAUUUAAUGUUAAAUUGUAUCCCAUAUAUAUAAAACAAUAUUAUUGUAUAGAAACAUUUGUAUAUUUUAGGAAUUCUAUUAAAAUUAAAUAACAAAUAUUUAAUAAAUGGAUAUUAAAUAUCUAUCACAA